UGAGGCUGCGGGGUGGUGGGUGGAGCACUGGAGGCUGCAAGGACCCGGAGCCCGAGGGCGGGGCUGCAGGCAGCGUUGGGCAACUUGUCGCGGUGCAGCGCGGCGAGGCACACUGAGCUGGCUCUGCGGCGGGUGAGCGGGUGAGCCAGGCCGAUGGCGGUGUCGACGGCCCUGUCGGCUGCAGCUGCGGCUGCAGCCCUAUCCGGCCUGGUAAUGCGAUUGUCGCGUUGGGCGGCGAUGCGAGGCUCCUACAGCGCUUUCUGCAAGGGGCUCACGCGCACGCUGCUCACCUUCUUCGACCUGGCCUGGCGGCUGCGCGUGAACUUCCCCUACUUUUAUAUGGUGGCCUCGGUGAUGCUCAACGUCCGCCUGCAGGUGCGGAUCGAGUGAGCCAUCGCCCGCCACAACAGCGGCCCCCCGGGUGGAGAGCGCCAUCUGCGUCACCCGCGCCACCCCCCCAUCCCCUCCAGGCGGCCGCUUGAAGGACCUUGGGGCCGCUCAGGGCCCAGAGACAGUGGCGGGGGGCGCAGACGGAACUGCCUGGGUCCCUCCAUUUUAGGCCUCCGCGGAGGGCCACAGUACUGCAUCCCAUACUGCAAAAACCCUUCGCAGCCGAGUCAUUUUCCGCGGCAUCCAGAGAAUCAUCAGAGUCUGGCAAACCUGUUGCCUCCGAUUGGCCAGAAAGAGGGAGAACCCGAAAGAGGGUGUGCUACCGCAGGAUUUACCAGGCCCUGUGCAGUAAGCCUGCUUCUCCCAUCCUCCCUGUCUGCCCAGCAGCACCUGCGAUGACACUGGUGAGACCCAGAAGCCCAUCUUCCAGCCAUGAGCAGCCUGGCAGCUGUGUGCCACAGGAUCUGGGGAAGUGGGAAGGAUUCCAGCAGCAAGCAUCUGCUGUCGGGAUAGGGUGGAGAAGCAGAGUGCACAGGAAGCCAACUCUGAAGGCUUUUUUUUCAAGCCUUGGUCUUCUGGGUGAUGUCUCCCUUCUGUGAUCAUUUCAAGAUGGAUCCCUAUGUAGAGAUGCCUGCCUUUGUUCCUGAGCAGCCCGGGGAGCAGCUGAGUGAAGAACCUGCCUAGAAGAGGAAGGGCCUUUCUGGUAGAGGCCUAGAGAAUGGUGGGGUUGCUCAGGCCUUCUGGCCCCGACAUAGAAAAGAUGCCAGUGUCCCUCGGGCACUGAUAUUUCCCAGUAACACUGUGAGGGAGACAUAUUCCCUCAUCUCAUGAACACAAUGGGGCUCAAGUACCGGGCUUGGUUUGCCCUUGUUACACACAGAAGAAGGGAGGAGGCUCAGCCUGCCCUGGACCUGCAUUCCCCCACCCCUUCUGCAGUCUUCUCCAUGACCUAGAAGGACGCCGGGGUGGGGAGGGAUUAGAGAGCUGCCAGGGGCCUAGGGAGAAAGAGAGGCUGUGGGUUAGGGUAGCUGGGUAUCUGCCUUUCCUUGGAGUGGACUAAAAGACAGGCAGAUGUUGAGUUCAUGAACAGAGAGGUUGGUUCAAGAACUUCCUGAAAUUAGUCCUCUCCACCUCUCUGGUGCUUGACCAGGGGCCCCCAAGCAGUUGUGUGGUAGUGGACUGCAAUGAUGACAUUAUGGUUCAUGGGAAGUCGAGGAGCUACAGGCUGAGACCCAUGGUAUGGCUCUGUUUCUUUGUUCCCAGGCUUGUAGCCCCAUCCCAGGCAUCACAUGGGAAAAGCUUCUCCUCCAGAUAUACUGAGCACAGUCUGUCCAGGAGGCCCUUCUUAGGCUAGACUCUCCAAAUGCCCAAGGAUGGCCCAAGGGAUACUUUUACUAUGUCUCCUACACUCCUCAAGCUUCUCUGGCACUGGUAUCUCAAGGUCCAUGCAUUCCAUUCCUGAUAUGGAAACCUUCAGCAUGCUGGUCAGCCUUGGCCUACUGGGAGAAAUGAGUAUGGAGAUGGAGGCCCUGCCUUCUUAGACCUCCUGCUCCAGGAAGCCCCUCCCUGCUCAUGUCCAGGCAUGGGCUAUGGUGUGAGGUCAGAGGCACUGGCAAUGGACUGGACUCUGGGCCAGUAGAUGCGGGUAGAACUAGGACUCUGCUUUGUGUUCUUGUCCCAUUCUGGCCCUGAGUAGUCUGUGAGCCUCUGUUUUCCCCGCCCCCUUGGCUACUUUUCUUCCUCCACAGUGUGUGAUGGGGUCGUGAUGCACUUUAUCUCCUUGCAGUCUGUACUGCAAGCAGAAGAGCUUCAAUCAGCUCAGAGACUGAACCCGGAUGGCUGUACAUUUACAUUUGUGAUGAACUCUGCUCUGCCAGCACUGUCUGGUCAGAGAUGCUGUUUCUGAUGUUGCCCCAAUGUUGUUGUCUCUCAAAUUUAAAAGAAAAUCUUCGAGUUCAGUACACCAAA